GGCGGAGGCGGAGACGCCGCGUAGGCCGGGCAGGCCGGGCAGGCGGGCGCCGGGCUGGGAGCUGGAGCUCCAUGUCCAGCCGUGUCUUCCCACGAUGUUGCCCUCCCGGAGGAAAGCGGCGCAGCUGCCCUGGGAGGACGGCAGGGCCAGGUUGCUUCCCGGAGGCCUGCGCCGGAAGUGCUCCAUCUUCCACCUCUUCAUUGCCUUUCUUCUGUUGGUCUUCUUCUCCCUGCUCUGGCUGCAGCUCAGCUGCUCUGGAGAUAUGGCCCAGGUGACCAGGGGACAAGGGCAGGAGACCUCGGGCCCACCUCGGGCUUGCCCUCCAGAGCCACCCCCUGAGCACUGGGAGGAAGAUGCAUCCUGGGGGCCUCACCGCCUGGCGGUGCUGGUGCCCUUCCGGGAGCGCUUUGAGGAGCUGCUGGUCUUUGUGCCCCACAUGCACCGCUUCCUGAGCAAGAAGAAGAUCCGGCACCGCAUCUACGUGCUCAACCAGGUGGACCACUUCAGGUUCAAUCGAGCAGCACUCAUCAAUGUGGGCUUCCUGGAGAGCAGCAACAGCACAGACUACAUUGCCAUGCACGACGUGGAUCUGCUGCCUCUCAAUGAGGAGCUGGACUAUGGCUUCCCAGAGGCUGGGCCCUUCCAUGUGGCCUCCCCAGAGCUCCACCCUCUCUACCACUACAAGACCUACGUGGGCGGCAUCCUGCUGCUCUCCAGGCAGCACUACCAGCUGUGCAACGGGAUGUCCAACCGCUUCUGGGGCUGGGGCCGAGAGGAUGAUGAAUUCUACCGCCGCAUCAAGGGAGCUGGCCUCCAGCUUUUCCGCCCCUCAGGAAUCACAACUGGGUACCAGACAUUUCGCCACUUGCAUGACCCAGCCUGGCGGAAGAGGGACCAGAAACGCAUCGCAGCUCAAAAACAGGUGUGGCUGGUUUCCUCAGUGGUGAGGGAGAGGAACAAUUCAAGGUGGACCGGGAGGGAGGUCUGAACACUGUGAAGUACCGGGUGGAUUCCCGCACAGCGCUGUCUGUAGGAGGGGCCCCCUGCACUGUCCUCAAUAUCAUGUUGGACUGUGACAUGGCAGCCACCCCAUGGUGUGUAUUUGGCUGAGUUGGCUAAACAGUAAGGAAGCCUGUGCUUCCAGACCUCAAUGCCGCUCAAGCUCAGGAAACCUCAGGCCUCAGGCCCAGCUCAAGAGGAUACAGAAUGGCCUGAAGGGACAGCCAGCCAGCUCCAUGUCCGUAGCAACCUGAGCCAGCUCCGUGUCUACAGCCACCUGGGCCAGCUCCAUGUCCGCAGCAGCCUGGGCCAGGCUCAGGACAGGUCACAGGGAGUUCCUGGGAUGCUGCUGGAAAAUUGUCAGAGAGGCUGGAGGCGUGGCUCUUGACUGGGAUUCUCCUCUCUGCCUUCCUGCUCACCCUGCUCUUCCGCCCGCCCACACUGAGGCCCAGGGCAAAGGAGAGAUGGGCUAGGACAGCCUUCUGCUCCUUUGGAAGAACAGCCUCAUGCAAAGAUGUAGUCAUAAGUCAAGUGGUCCAUGUGUAUGGCAGUUGCUAUUAGGAGGCUUAGAACUUCAGAAGGCAGAACAUGAGCCCCGGGCAAGGGAGCACCCCCGGAUGCAGUGGAGAGCUUGUGUCAUCAGGUCUCACUUUUCAAAAAACUAGAAUGCUCGACUCUUAUGCAGAAUUUUCUCAUUUUUAAAUGGUAGCAGCUAAGUAAAACUUUGAAAAGGUA